AGGAAGUGAGAACGCAAUGACAUUCAGCGGAACAGAUCAAUAUUAAACAAUCUCCAUCGAUCAUCUGUAUUACAUUCACAACUCUACAAAAAACAUGCAAAAUAUAUUAUUGUUUUCUCUGUUACUGGGAGGUGUGUUUAAAGCAGAAACAGAUGAGACAACAUCAGUGAUGGAAGGAGAUUCUGUCACUCUACACACUAAUCUUACUGAAAUACUGAACGAUGAUACUUUACUGUGGGUGUUUGGGCCUAAAGAAUCUGUAAUUUCUCAAAUAACGAGAAAGAGAGAUUUGACCUCAUUUUUUGUCACCGAUGAUGUGAGAUUCAAAGGAAGAUUGCUGGUGGAUCAAAACACAGGCUCUCUCACCAUCAGAAACACCAGAAAGAGACACUCAGGACAAUAUAAACUUACAAUAUCUAGAGAAAAGAUCACAUCCAGGAUAUUCAGUCUGAAUGUCUUUGGUGUGGUUGGUGAGACGGGUGGAGUGAAGUCAGUAUCAGUGAUGGGGGGAGAUUCUGUCACUCUCCAGAAUGAUGUUACUGAAUUACAAGAGGAUGAUCUGAUAGUGUGGAGGUUUGGAGAUAAAGGCAUCCUCCUGGCUAAUAUUGAUGUAGAAACUAAUGAGGCCUCAUUAAAUGCUGACGAUGAGCGAUUCAGGAACCGACUACAACUAAAUCAGACUGGAUCUUUGACCAUCAAAGACGUCAGAACUGAACACUCUGGACUUUAUGAAGUACAGAUCAGAGGCCGAGAGAGCUCACAGCAAUUCCUUGUUUCUGUCAUCGCUAUUUCUGAUCCGGGUCCAUCUACAGCUGGAAUAGUUGUUGCUGUUUUGCUGGUGGCUGCACUUUUAGCUGCAGUUGUGAUUUACUAUCGCCACAGGAUUUCUAAACUACAAAAACAAGUGGCUGAAGAAAAGACAAAGUUAGGGGAGGAAGGGAAAUCUGUCAGUCUAGAGACUAAGACUGUACUACAGAGAGGGGAUGAGAUAAAGUGGUGGUUUGAGGAUCUCAUCCUCAUUGAAUUCACAAGAAAGGCCAGUAAAACAAAUGAUACAGAUUGUGAUGUUGUUGAUGGGAGAUUCAGAAACAAACUGGUGCUAAACGAGAAGACUGGAGAUCUCCUCAUCAAUAACAUCAGGACCUUUCACUCUGGACUCUACAAACUACAGAUCAGCCGCAAAAACGGAAAAACUGAAUACAUGAGAUUCAUUGUUACUGUCACUGUGAAGAAAGUGUCAGUGAAGGUUGGAGAAACUGUCACUCUAGUCCCUGGUCUUGAAACACUGAGUGGUGAUCUGAUACUGUGGACGUUUGGAGCUAAAAACUGUCUGGUUAUUAAAGCCGAAUCAGGAACGACUGAUAUUAAUGAGAGAUUCAGAGACAGACUGGAGCUGAAUCAUCAGACUGGAUCUCUGACCAUCACAAACACCACAGAUACAGACUUUGGACAUUUUCAACUUCAGGUCAUCAACAGGAUACGGACCAGAUACAGGAGAUUCAAUCUGACUAAUUCUGUGAGUGAAUCAACUGAAGAGAAACCACUGAUGAAUACAGAGGAUGAGCAGUGUGCUCUUACUGGCCAGCUAUCCAGUGCGUUGUGAUUGGUCGAACGCCUCAAGUGUGUGACAGAAAUAUUACUUCCCUUUACAAACUGUGAUGCUUUGUGUCCUGGAAAGACGAGACAGAACCAGCAAAGCCCAUUAUAAAUAAAUCAUUUGUUGCAUCCAGUGGGGACAUAAUUCCUGAUUAUAAUGACUUGUACUGUAAUUUUAUAGCCUUUUUAGAAUGAACCUUUUCGGGGGGCUUGGAUGAGUCUUAUAAAGAAUAUCUCUUUGUAUUUGAGACUUUAGUCUUUGCAUCUUUACAGAUCUUCUUUAUGCACCAAGAGCUUGUAACUCUACAAAGAGAAAGAAAAAGUUGACAUCGCAUCAUGUGACCUUCA